CCACGUUUAGGCAAGUUAAUUGAGACGCGUUUUCUGAUUGAUGAAAGAAAUCGAGUCAAAGGAAGCCUAUAAAACGGCUUCUUCUUCUUUUCCAUCAUCACCCAUUAAUCUCUUCUCCUUUAAGACAAAUCUUGUUUUUUUUGUUUUUGUUUUGUUAUAUAUUCUUAUUCUUCCACAAAGAAGAAGACAUUCCGGUAUUAACAUUUUCUUCAUAAACUCUCUUUAAAUUCAUAUACGUGUACAUAUUUGUGUGUGUGUGUGUGUGCAAAUUGUGUAAUAUUUUUACCAAAAAAAAAAAUUGUGUAAUAUUUGUGUGUGAACUAAUUGUAUAUUUGUAUAUAUUCAUCCCCACACGUUAGCGGACAUGGCGGGAAACGGAAACACUGACGGAGAAUUCAGUUUCUCGGCUGCGGCUGCGCGUGAUGCGCUUCCUAGGAUCACCACGGAGAAGGGAGCCAAGUCUACGACGUCGAGUGACGUGUGCCACGACGACACCGCGUCACGAGUCAACUUUCAGACCAUCGAUCAGCUCCACAGUCUCCAGAAGAAACGAUCUGCACCGACCACUCCUCUCAAAGAAGGAGGUGGCGUAGUGAUGGGAACCAGUGGCCCUACCACUCCUGUCUCCGGUGAGAGUAUGCUUCAAUCCGUCAGUGCAUCGUUGGCUUCGUUGACGAGAGAGACAGGACCGAAGGUAAUCAGAGGAGAUCCGACGUCGGCGGCUAAAGUGGCACACGUGCCACAAACUCCUACGUCAGCUCCGGCUGCUGACGUCAGUGACAGUUCUCUGAAAUUCACUCACGUCCUUCACAACCUCUCUCCCGCAGAAUUGUACGAGCAGGCGAUAAAAUAUGAGAAAGGAUCGUUCGUGACAUCGACCGGUGCGUUGGCCACUUUGUCGGGAGCCAAAACUGGUCGGUCUCCUAAAGACAAGCGUGUAGUUAAGGAUGAGACAACUGCGUCCGAGCUCUGGUGGGGAAAAGGAUCACCAAAUAUCGAAAUGGAUGAACAAAGUUUUUUGGUGAACCGAGAAAGAGCUGUUGAUUACUUGAACUCUUUGGACAAGGUGUUUGUGAAUGAUCAAUACCUAAACUGGGACCCAGAGAACAGAAUCAAAGUCAGAAUAGUAUCAGCAAGAGCUUACCAUUCACUUUUCAUGCACAACAUGUGUAUCCGUCCAACAGCUGAAGAGCUAGAGAAUUUCGGGACACCUGAUUUCACGAUCUACAACGCUGGAAAAUUCCCAUGUAACCGUUUCACCCAUUACAUGACAUCAUCGACAAGUGUCGACAUAAACCUAGGAAGAAGAGAGAUGGUGAUUCUAGGGACACAAUAUGCUGGAGAAAUGAAGAAAGGACUUUUCGGUGUGAUGCAUUAUCUGAUGCCUAAGAGAAAGAUUUUGUCUAUUCACUCCGGUUGUAACAUGGGGAAAGAUGGAGAUGUUGCUCUCUUUUUCGGUUUAUCUGGAACCGGAAAGACUACUUUGUCGACCGAUCAUAACCGGUAUUUGAUUGGAGAUGAUGAGCACUGUUGGAGUGAGACUGGAGUCUCGAACAUCGAAGGUGGUUGUUACGCGAAAUGCAUUGAUUUAUCGAGGGAGAAAGAGCCUGAUAUCUGGAACGCUAUCAAAUUCGGAACUGUUUUGGAGAAUGUUGUGUUUGAUGAGCACACAAGAGAAGUGGAUUAUACAGACAAAUCAGUGACGGAGAACACACGUGCGGCUUAUCCUAUUGAGUACAUCCCUAACUCAAAGAUACCAUGCGUUGGACCACACCCUAAGAACGUGAUCUUAUUGGCUUGUGACGCUUUUGGUGUGCUGCCGCCAGUUAGCAAGCUGGAUCUUGCUCAGACUAUGUAUCAUUUCAUCAGUGGAUACACUGCUCUCGUUGCGGGAACAGAGGAAGGAGUUAAGGAGCCAAGAGCGACUUUCUCGGCUUGUUUUGGUGCUGCUUUCAUUAUGCUUCACCCAACCAAAUAUGCAGCUAUGUUAGCCGAGAAAAUGCAAGCUCAAGGAGCCACCGGUUGGCUUGUUAACACCGGCUGGUCUGGUGGAAGCUAUGGAUCUGGAAGUCGAAUCAAGUUGGCGUAUACAAGAAAGAUUAUUGAUGCUAUACAUUCGGGUAGUCUCUUGAAUGCAACUUAUCAGAAAACUGAGAUUUUUGGUUUGGAGAUUCCAAAUGAAGUUGAAGGAGUGCCUUCUGAGAUUUUGGAGCCUAUGAAUGCAUGGGAAGACAAAGUGGCUUAUAAGGACACAUUGUUGAAGUUGGCUGGUUUGUUUAGAAACAAUUUUGAGACAUUCACAAGUCAUAAGAUCGGAGAAGAUGGAAAGUUGACUGAAGAGAUUCUUGCAGCUGGUCCAAACUUCUAAGGUGAUGAAGAUUAUGAUGAUGAACCAACAAUGUUUUCAAAAAGUACAACAACAUAAAAAAUAAAGUGAAUAAAGGAGAGAGUCCACGAAUUUCAAGAAAACUCCAUUUGAUUAUCGGUCAUAUUUUUUCCAAUUGAAAUGAGAACUAUAAUUUUUCUUUUCUUUUCAUGAAUGUUUGUUUACUUACAAAAUAAGUUUAUAUGCUCU